UGGAAUCUAAACAACAGAGCCAAAACGGACACAUCACAUAAUUUAAGCUGGCCGCAUCCACAGUCAAUUCGCUGCCACGCUGCCAAAAUUCAAAGUUCUAAAUGCAAAGCACGACGUACGGAUUCAGGGAUCUGGAAAACUCACCGCGCACCAUGCAUAUGCGCGACUGGCGUACCGCCCUGCGUACGCCAACCUAUCGAAUUGGCAAUCGCACAGUUCGCUUUAAUUAUCAUUUCGCAUUGCUUGUGUUCUGUGCUUUUAUCCUCGCGCUGCUCUUUCUGUAUGCGCGCCAGGGCAGUCGCAGCUCCUCGGACGGCUAUUGGCUGCGCAGCCGUUAUGCCAGCCAAGAGAAUGCCGCCUCCCUAGCCCCGCCCUACAAUACAACAUAUCCACUGACGCCGCCGCUGAGCGUGCAGGGCGGCGUUAUCAGCUAUCGCAUCGCCAUGAUAGCAGAUCUAGAUACCAGCUCGAAGAUUGUCAAAGUCGAUGGCAGCACAACGUGGCGUAGUUAUCUCAAGAAGGGCUAUCUUACGUAUCUGGCCAAAAAGCAGGAGAUACAAAUAAGCUGGGACGACGGUGCGCCGACGGCGCUGGAGUCCUCGUUUGCGCUAAAGGAUCGCGGCAUGGAGCUCUCCGAGCUGGUCACAUUCAAUGGCAAGCUGCUCAGCUUCGAUGAUCGCACCGGGCUCAUCUAUGAGCUGGCCAAUGACAAGGUCAUACCCUGGCUAAUACUGCUCGAUGGCGAUGGCCACAGCACCAAGGGCUUCAAAUCGGAGUGGGCAACCGUGAAGCAGCACACGCUCUAUGUCGGCUCCAUGGGCAAGGAGUGGACAACGGGCAUGGGUGAAUAUCAGAAUAAUAAUCCCAUGUACGUAAAGGCCAUAAGCACAACCGGCGAGGUGCGCUCCCUCAACUGGGCGGAGAACUACAAGCAGCUGCGACUGCAAUCGCUGCAGAUCAGCUGGCCCGGCUAUAUGAUACACGAGAGCGGCGUCUGGUCGCCGGUGCAUCAGCGCUGGUACUUUCUGCCACGUCGCUGUUCCAAGGAGAAAUAUAACGAGACCUUGGAUGAGCACAUGGGCUGCAACAUACUAAUCUCUGCGGAUGAGCACUUUACCAGUAUAGACACGCUUAAAUUGGAUACCGCCAAUACGGCGCCCACGCACGGUUUCUCUAGUUUUAAAUUUCUGCCCAAUACAGAGGACUCCAUUAUUGUCGCGCUCAAAACGGAGGAGCUUAAUGGAAAAACGUCCACAUUUGUGACAGCCUUCAGCGUGAAGGGCAAAACCCUGCUGCCCGAGACGCGCAUCGAGACGGACUACAAAUACGAGGGCUUCGAGUUUAUUUAGCAAAGCGUCGCUGCUGUGGUAUUCAGUGUAUAUAGUGUAUUUUCUGAUACAUAUAUUUAUAUAUACAUAUAUAUAUAUAUAGUCAAGUUUAUCUAUAGUCAGCUUUAAAUAUAGUACGCUUAAUUUAUGUCUGUUAAAAGAUGCUCAUAGACCAAUGACAUUCAUACUUAAGCUGUUUAACAUACUCUGUUUACCAUGUGACCAAAUAGGGUAUAUUGGUUGGCGCUUUGUCUGUCCAAUUGAAAAUAUCUCUUAUAUAUAUUAAAAUUGCUUAUUUAUCUAUCAAAGGCAGGCUCGAAAUUUAGUAAAUACACGUACAGGGAAAACUCUGCCAACGUAAACUCCCCUGGCCGUAUAUUUCUUCUCAAACCAUAUUUUGUAUAUACGUACAAUUUAUAAAUUAGGCUCGACGAUGUCCGCCCAAGGCAGUUUUUACUGUAGUGUGUUUAGAUAGUGUUAUCAAAUUUGACAGGUACAUGAUUGACAAUUUCCUUUAAAAUUAUGUUCUUAUUUUUCAACUAGAAAAAAGAUUAAUUUUAUAAACAUAAAUAUAGUUCUUACACAAAAUGAUUUCAGGCUGAUUGUUCAUAUAUAUUUUACAUGAUAUAGUAGUCAUCUGUUGAUAUAAGAGCUUUUUGUAGGUAAAGAACGGUAUAAAACUCGCAAUGAUGAUAAAUAAAAGUUUUGGUCAGGUUACAUGCCUGCAAUACAAAUAA